AUGGUCGGAGCUUCUCUUCUUCAAUCCGAUGAUGAUUCCGAUGUUCCGGAUUUGGAAUUUCGAGGAGAUUCGAAUCGAAGAAGAACGUUUUUCAAUAAGUGAGACACUAUUUUGGGUCAAAAAGCGGAAAAAAAAACUGUUUUUUUGUAGAACAUCCGAAGAUUAUGCAGAAAUAAGACAUCGUCGGAAAACCUAUAAAAAUAUAUUGUCAAUCUCAUUCAUCAUUGUUUUUCUGGCAGUUUUGUACUUUUUAUAUACGGCUUUAUCAAGAAUCAAAACUAUCAAUGAUGAGAUAAAAGGUGAGGACUCAAAUUACAUAUGUGGCCGAACUAUUUUGGUGGCCGAGAAAUGUCGGGAACUCGGCCAUAGCAACAAACUCGCUCUAAUGUUGCGAAAAUUCUCAUUGUUGGAGCGCGUUGGCCGAAUUCCCGACGUUUCGCGGCCACCAAAACAGUUCGGCCACACAUAUAUUUUAUUUUUAUGUCCAACUUCAAUUUUGUUGUGAAGUAAUUGCAUUUUGAGUUUUUUUUUUCUUUCAAAAAUAUAAAAAAAUCUUCCAAAAAUUUUCAGAACUUCGAAUAUCUUCGGAAAAAUUCGAUGAACUCAACUUGGAAAUCUCAAAAAUCCAAAUGCAGUUGAAUAUUUUCCGAGAAUCGUCUAUGGAUGGUGGAAAUUCGACAAGAAAACCGACAACCGAACUGGUUUAUGAUAGAUUGACUGAUAUUUCAACAAGGUUGGAUGUUUUGAGAGAUUCUGUUCAGAAGGUAUUUGAGAAUUGAGAAACGGAAAAUUUUCAAAAAUCAGAGAAAAAAAUUGCAGACUGCUUCCUCAAUCGAAGAUGUGACAUCUCGAAUGUCUCGCGUCGAGAACAAGUGUCUGGCGGUUUGUCAACACGACCUGAAUUCCGUCUCGCCGCCCAAAACUUCACGUGAACAACCACGUCGAAGACAGGCGGCUGACAAGAAAACAUCGACAAAUUCUGAGAUUGUAUUUCGACGAAAUGACUGA